AUGGUCAUGAUAAUAAAAGCCCUUUUGUUAUUAUUAUCAUGUUCUGCUGCUGCAACUGCGAUUGAAGUCCCAAACAGUGGCAGUAGUAGCAGCAUACAGAAGAUAGAAACCACCCAGGAAACACAAAUCCAGCAAUACAAUUACACAGAAAGACUUACAAUCCAGCCUUUCCCUAGAAAUCGUCUGCUGACAUCAUUUGAGUUUGAAAGUUACUCAGAUCCAUUUCAUAUUAAACAUUUACAUAGCAAACACAGAUACAAUGAGUUUCAAUAUGGUGCUUUCCCCCGCUCGCUUGGCCAGAUCAUGGACAUUUCCAAAAGUGAGGAACUCCACCUUAGAUUCUCUCAAGGCUGGUGGGAUGCUGAAGGCUGGGGUGCACCACCAAGAAAUGGUACUUAUGCUGGCGGCAUUGGCGUUGAAGUUUGGGCUUCCGUCGAGGGAGAUUCUCAAGAAGAAGCCAUGACCAAUUGGUCUAAGCUUGUCAAUACACUCUCCGGCCUGUUUUGCGCUUCUUUAAAUUUCAUUGAUUCAGCUCAGACUGCUUUCCCACAAAAGUCAUUUGUUCCUGAGGGCAGUUCAAUCUCUAACCGCAACUUGCAUGUUUUGCGGGGGUCGUUACCCCGCGAGCCUGUCUGCACAGAAAAUCUGACACCAUUCAUUAAGCUUCUCCCCUGCAAGGGUAAGGCCGGAAUUUCAUCCUUACUCGACGGCCAAAAAAUCUUUGAUGCUCAAUGGCAAGGCAUGGCAAUUGACGCUGUACUCGUUUGUGAUGAGUCUAAACAAAUCUGCAAGUGGAAACUGACACAGGUUGUUGACGCCAUUAUCGAUGUUCCGCGAUCUCUCCGACGAAAAGUAUCACCAGUCCCUAAGCCUCUACCAGAAAAUGAACUUAGAUGCGACAGUUCCAAGCCAUAUUCCAACACUUACCAAUGUUUCCCUCUGGGUGAUGAAACCGAUGUUCGAUGGGCCCUGUCGGAUAUUUUUGGACGUUCUAUUGCUGGGUCAUGUCCACUUAGCUCCAACUUUGAUCAUAUUGCAGUCAAGGUGCCAUCCAACUGGGACAUUCACGUUUCUAGUGAGAAUCGUCCUGGUAUUUUGUUUUCAACGCCCAACAAUGCGUUUACUCUUAAAUCGUCUUGGAAUCACGAUGUUUACUUCAAGUCGAGUAACAGCAGCACAGUGAUUGAGAAAGUGACACCAUCGGUUUAUAUGGAGCGCUCUUUUACCGGCUAUGGCCAAGACCGUGGGGGUAUUAGAACAGAGUUUUCUAACCCCCUUGACACGGAAGCACAUUUCAUUUACCUCGAGGUUCUUCCGUGGUAUAUGCGGCCUUAUUUACAUACCCUUGAGCUUAAAGAUGCGACAUCUAAAAAGAUACAGAAAUUAAACACAGAAAAAUCUGACGUCAUUAAGAACAUCAUUUACUUCCCGGCGAUUGAUCGUCUUCGCCCCACGCAGCUGGAGAUAGAGAUGGUCAUACAACCCAAAUCAACCGUAGUGUUGAGCUAUGAUUUUGACAAGACUCUUUUAUUUAUUGAGGAAUACCCUCCCGAUGCUAACCACGGCUUUGAGAUACCGCCUGCAGUGUUGACCAUGGUUUCAGGCGAUGACAACAACAAAUCUACUACAACUUUUACUAUUAGAUCAACUUCUUUGUUAUUGACUUUGCCGACCCCAGAUUUUAGCAUGCCAUACAAUGUUAUUAUUUUGACAUGCACUGUGAUGGCUCUUGGCUUUGGGUCUAUUUUUAACCUGUUGACUAAACGUGUUGUUACAGAAAGUGAAUCAGACCUUGUUGCUCGAAAUAAUCCAAUAAGGAAAAAGAUUGAUAAUAUUAAAGGGUUUAUUUCCAAGUUAAAAGGAAGAUAA